GUUCUACGGGUCGCUCGCGAAGAUCAUGCUGUGUUGGCGCGAGGUCGCCAAGGACGUGUUCGCAGAGUGGAGGGCCACGUGCGGAGACGCGGCAGCCAUGCGAUGUGCAAAGAAAACGCCGCCGAGGUGCUUGUCAGGGCGGUGGGGUCCGGUCGGCGAUUGCAUUGACAGGGUCCUCGAGGGCGGGGAACAGUUGGCGAGGGUGCUGAUCUCGGUGCUGACUAAGAAGACCAAGAAGGAGGCAGACGCACCCCUGCCAAUCGCUGACGACUCGGGCCUCCAGUUCAACGAGGUCUCGAUCCAGGAGCACGCCGAGCACCGCCGAAAGAUGGGCAACUGGAGGCGAGAUGUAUGCGACGUGUUGGUAUCGCCGCUGUUUUGGCAAGUGCUCAAGUUAAACCAGAUAGAGUUACAGCCGUUACAGCACUUCUACAAUUCCAUGCGAUCGGUGUACACAACUGAUCAGCUCGACGCCAAGGGGAUGCAGUUAGCGCAGCUGGCCUGCGGAAGGGCCAACGAGUUCUUUGUGGAAAUCGACGGCGCGAUGGAGAACGACAGGGCGCUCGACUUGUUGGCUGCUAUCCCAGAUAAAGCCGACCAGAGCCGCCUGACUGAGAUGCACUGGGCGGUGGUUCUGCAGAAUGCCGCUGGCUUUCAUUGGCGAGUCGUUGAGCCCAUCAAUCGAUACCCGUACCGUCUCCUCCUGCUCGGCAAAUCGAGCCCGUUGCAGAUCUGUGCGGAGAGGGCUGAGGUUGCCAGGGAGCUGCUGUCUACCAGCCCAUGCGACUUGGAAAUUAACGCGAGGAAGGUUGCCCACUUGUACAGAGAUUGUUUGAGGAUAGCUGUCGACCGCGGUACUUGCACACCGCGCUUGUGGUCAUUACUGAGGCUGCUGAAGAGGUCGGUGCUCUGCAUUACUCAGGAGUGCGAGGGCUACAACUCAAUGCUGAGUGAGGAGUGCUUGAGGUCUAGGCACAUCAGUUUGGAGCUGCUCUCGUCGAGGGUCAACGUCAAAAAGGCAUUCCCAAAGCGUGGCAGGAAAUGGUCGGAAUUACAGCCUACAUGUACUGCAGUAGUCAAUACUGCGCACGAGUACGUUGAUGACGUCAAAGCCAUCGUUCGUGCCACGGGGCGGUGGUCAGCGCCGCCUCCGAUAGCAGACUUGGCGGGCGAGAAGGAACUAGCGGCAGCUCUCAAAGAUAUCGACCCCAGCCUAAGGUGGAUGCGGAUCGACGGGUGGGUGGCCUGUAAGGUAUUCGUCAAUGGACGUGAGCCCAACCUGCACGACUUCAAGGUCAACGUCUCAUUCGACGAGCUGGCGAGGAGGAUCUCGGCGACUCCACUCGGCGACGAGCAUAUGAAUCUAGUCUGCCAGUUCGAGAAGCGCCCGUGCAAGGGACCUCCUGCCAUCGCCGAGGGGGGCGUUGACGUUGGCGGCGAUGGCGACGCUAUGGCGCAUGCUGGAGCGCAUGGGGUCCCAGAUGGACAUGUCGAUCCUGAUGUUGAAGCUGCAGCUCCUGGUGCCGACGAGGCAGCUGCGAUGAUUCUUGAUGCGGCUGACCAUGUGGACGAUGGUCUGGCUGCCGACCUGGAGGACAUCAUCGACAAAGCAGCCGCCGACGAGGCUGACAAGAAGGAGCGUGAGGUUGUGAAGCACUUGUUGGACGCAGCGGCAGUGGACCCAGAGGCCUUGCCAGAUGGCGCGGCCGAGGAUGGAGAAGAAGCAGAACGUGAUAUGAUACUAGAUGCAGCUCUCGAGGAAAUGGCUGGCGACAUCGAGGACGUCGAGGGGUGGCGAGAGGCAUUCGAGAAGUGGCUGCCGACCGCUAAACACAUGAUGGAGGUCUUGCUUUGGGCGGAGGAUGCGACCAAGAUGCACCCUGUCGGCCACGGCGGCGAGCUCUCCCUCAUUCUCGCUACCCCGAAGGAGAAAGGUGAGGAUGAGCCAGUCGUAGUGCACCCAACUUUGGUUCAUUGGUACGAGGGCGGGCACGAGCGUCGUGGCAGCGUGGUCAACUUGGACAAGCUGAACAGGGCAAUUUGGCCACUGCCCCUGAACAGGCCUAGAUGUUUCAAGGGCUGCAGAAUCCUGAUGUUUGCUGUGGGCACGUGCGCAGAGAAAGACAAGUCAAAAGGCAGGCCCCUCGUUGACGCUCGCCUGCUUCGACUGAUCGAUAUGUGGAGGCUUGCUACUGUCCUGCCAGUUGCAACGGACUGUAACCGAUGCAAGCAAUCCGAGUGCUCGGGCCACGAGCCUCACGUGUGCUCGAUCUGCCAGCUCAGCUGGCACGUCGCCUGUGCGACCAAGAUGGUCGCGUUGGCUAACCGUGACGGACUGCUCAGAGAGCACGCCCAG